CAUUGGUCUGCAGCGAUGUGGAACGCAUCCUUAAAUAACUGUCAAAAUUUCACCUACGUCGCGCUGUAUUUUGUAAACUUUAUUUAUCCAUGUUAUUUAUCACGUUUACCACUAAUUGCUGUUUUAUUUACACAUUACGAUAUCUUGCUCAAUUUACUACCAAUCAAUAUCGGUGCUAAUGCUAUCAACUCAAAUAUAGAUAGUAUAAAGUUACGUUUCAUUGUUUAGUAUUUAAGCUAUAGAAAAUGUGUUCAAAUCAUCCAUACAGGGUGUGCUGCUGCUAGGUGCGUCAUUGUUGUGUGUCCAGGCAGCUAUUUAUAACAUAAGCUGCUCCAAUUUCUUCUACAACAAAAUGGAAACACUGCACAAUACAGACACAGUCAAUGAUACCCAAUGUGACAACAUGAACAACGAAGUGUCCUCAACAUCCAGCGAUGACUGCAGCGCCGUCGCCACUGUCAAGCUUACCAAAUACUACAAGAAAAACUACGAGUCGGCCAUGUCCGACAAUGAGACACAACACAGGCCCCGCAUGCAAACCCGGAGUCACCACAAAAGCAUGGGCAACAUACACGACAUCAGAGACAACGUCACCACGGUACAAAAUAGCUUAAGCAACAUAGACCUAAGUCUACACCGAGAAGAAAUAAAGAAAUUCGACUCGCUACAAAUACCCAUAGUCGGUUACGAAGUGAUGGAGGAACGAGCUAGGUUCACAAUCUACAAGUUGAAGGUAGAAGAUGACAAGCGGGACCAGUCUUGGCUAGUAUUUAGAAGAUACACGGACUUUGUUAGGUUAUAUUCUAGAAUUAAAGCGGAGCAGCCUAAUAUAAUGCUUCCGUUGCCCGGCAAGCGAUGGUUCAGAGACAAUUUUGAUUCUGCAUUUCUGGAAGAGAGGGUGAGAGGCUUACAAGUAUUCGUGAACGCUAUAUUAAGGAAGCUGCCAAAUCAUCCGAUUGUCAGGGAGUUUUUCUGUCUGGAUGAGCCUCCGCAGGUCUUCAGUUACCAGCCAGAGGUCCAAGCCGUGUACGGAGCCCUAGAGGACUCCAUAAUGACGCUGAAAAUGCAGCUAAAGCAGAAGGACGCUACUAUAAUGCAUUUGCAGAAGCGCACGGCGCAGUUAGAAGCGCAAGUUAAGAAUUGUGCCAGUUGUAGUACAAAUGUUAAUAAUAAUAGUAUGUAAUUUUUAGUAUUUAAAGUUU